CUACACAUUUACUCUGGAGCAAAAAAGAGCAAUUUGUGAAUGGGUAAAAUGUUUAAAGAUGCCAGAUGGAUAUGCUUCAAACUUGGCUAGAUGUGUUGACAUGAAGGAAGGAAAGUUACAUGGAAUGAAAAGUCAUGAUUGUCAUGUGUUCAUGGAACGCUUACUUCCAAUUGCUUUUAGCUCAUUACCAGAUCAAACAUGGAAAGCUAUAACCGAGCUUAGUCAGUUCUUUAGAGAUUUAUGCUCAACGUCAGUACGAGUAGAUGAUCUUAUUAGCCUUGAGAAAAAUAUUCCAACAGUGGUAUGUAAAUUGGAACGCAUUUUUCCUCCGGGUUUUUUUGACUCAAUGGAACACUUACCCAUUCACUUACCAUAUGAGGCAAGAGUUGGAGGUCCAGUGCAAUAUAGAUGGAUGUAUCCCUUUGAGAGAUUUCUCCAUCACCUUAAAAAGAAGGUUAAAAUAAGGCAUGUGUUGAAGGAUCAAUAAUUGAGUCAUACCUUAUUGAGAAGAUUUCUCAAUUUUGCACGUAUUAUUUCGAGACAAGUGUGCAACCUAACAAUACUAGCAUUGGAAGAACAGGGGCUGAUCAUGAUU